AUGUUGUGUUGCGGAGGUGCAGAAGAAGAGACCAGCGGCCCGCCUGCAAACCAAUACACUGCACCGUCAAGAGGGGGUAACAACGCGUAUGGUGGAGGUGGAGGCAAUGAUAGAGGAGAGCCAAGGAGCAAUAUUACCAAGAGUGGUGGUCCGCAGAAAGUAUUACCGAUUGAGAUACCUUCAAUAACAUUGGAUGAGUUAAAUAGGUUAACAGGAAACUUUGGUUCCAAGGCUUUCAUUGGUGAAGGUUCCUAUGGUAGGGUUUACUAUGCAAAAAUGAGUAAUGGUACUGAAGCUGCAAUUAAAAAGCUAGAUACCAGUUCUUCGCCUGAUCCCGAAUCGGAUUUUGCUGCUCAGCUAUCGGUUGUUUCAAGACUAAAGCAUGACAAUUUUGUGGAGUUGACUGGAUAUUGUUUAGAAGCAGACAACAGAAUUUUGGUUUAUCAAUAUGCAAGUUUGGGUUCUUUGCAUGAUGUAUUACACGGAAGGAAGGGUGUACAAGGUGCUGAACCCGGCCCAGUUUUAAGCUGGAACCAAAGAGCAAGAAUUGCAUUUGGUGCAGCGAAAGGCCUAGAAUUUCUUCAUGAAAAAGUUCAGCCUUCUAUAGUUCAUCGCGAUGUUCGAUCCAGUAAUGUGUUGCUGUUCAAUGAUUACGAAGCCAAGAUUGCUGAUUUCAGCUUGACGAAUCAGUCUUCAGACACCGCAGCUCGGCUACAUUCUACAAGAGUCUUGGGAACAUUUGGCUAUCAUGCUCCAGAGUAUGCCAUGACAGGGCAAAUAACACAAAAAAGUGAUGUGUAUAGUUUUGGAGUUGUGCUUUUAGAGCUCUUGACCGGAAGAAAGCCGGUAGACCAUACAAUGCCUAAAGGGCAACAAAGUCUUGUGACUUGGGCAACUCCAAGGUUGAGUGAGGACAAAGUGAAACAAUGUGUGGAUCCUAAGCUAAACAAUGACUACCCUCCAAAGGCAAUUGCUAAGUUGGCAGCUGUAGCAGCACUGUGUGUUCAGUAUGAAGCUGAUUUUCGGCCAAACAUGACAAUUGUUGUCAAAGCUCUUCAGCCACUUCUCAAUGCAAAACCACCUGGUCCAGACGCUAAUGCUUGA